CACACCAUCUUUCAUUUAAUAUAAAUUGGGCACUCAUCUUUCUGAACCAUCUUCCACCAUUUCAUUAAUCAUGUUAUCUCCUACUUAACAUCAGCCUUCAUUCUCUACAUCUAUAUAAAUUCACACAUAUGCAUCAAACUUCUGUAUACAAAAAUAUUACUUUUCUUGAUUGCGAUGGAUGCAAACUAUCAUUUGAUUCAACACCAACAACAGCAACAGCAACAACUACAACAACAGCAACAACUACAGCAGCAGCAACAACAGCAGCAAUUACUGUACUAUCCUCAACAACAAAUUGGCGUGAGCAUUGAUGCAGUUGGCGAUAGGUUUCCCCAAUGGAGCAUCCAGGAAACCAGAGAUUUCUUGAUGAUUCGAGCCGACCUGGAUCAGAAAUUCAUGGAAACAAAACGCAACAAGCUUCUGUGGGAACUCCUCGCCACGAAGAUGAAAGAGUUGGGUUACAAUCGAAGCCCUGAUCAGUGCAAAUGCAAAUGGAAGAAUCUGGUUACUCGAUACAAGGGCUGUGAGACAAUGGGGUCAGAAGAAAUGAAGCAACAAUUCUCAUUCUACAGUGAAGUGCAAUCGAUUUUCGGGGCGAGGAUGGAGAGGAUGAUAUGGAUGGAAGCAGACGAUGGAGCUGGUGGUUCGAAACAAAAGGUGACACUGCUUUCAUCCGAUGAAGAGGAUGAGAAUGAAGACAGUGAUCUCGGGGACAAAAAGGCGGCCAAGAGCAGUAAGAAAAGAAAGGUAAAGUGUAGCACUAGUACUACUAACAACUCUAAUGUUAAGGAGAUUUUGGAUGAUUUCAUGAAGCAACAGAAGGAGAUGGAAAUGCGGUGGUUCAAGGCAAUGGAGGCAAGAGAACAAGAGAGGAAAAUGAGGGAGCUCGAGUGGAGACAGAGAUUGGAAGCUUUGGAGACCGAGAAGAUGAUGAUGGAAACGAAAUGGAGGGAGAGGGAAGAGGAAUGGAGAAUGCGAGAAGAAGCUAGAGCUCAGAAAAGAGAUGCCCUGAUGGAUACACUUUUGCAGAAGCUUCUUAGAGAAGAUCGUAACUAACAUUGCUUGGUUCGAGAAGAGGAGAAUGUUUCUAGAAUUUCGUAUCUGAAAUGUCUUUUGAUUAGAAUGACAUGUUUAUUUUAUGUUUCAAGUUGCAAAAGUUUAUAACUGAAUUGUCAUCUUUUUCAUUCUAGGUACUAUGUAUGCAUAUGGUCUAAUGUAAUCGAUAAAAUCUUUUACAUUGUAACCGAAUGAUUAAUUAUCUAAUUAUGAUGAAUAUUGUAUAUUAUUAAUUAAUAUUUGGAAUU